CUCCGCCGCCGUCAUGCCGCCCUACACCAUCGUCUACUUCCCGACCCGAGGGCGCUGCGAGGCCCUGCGCAUGCUGCUGGCCGACCAGGGCCAGAGCUGGAAGGAGGAGGUGGUGACCAAGGAGUCCUGGUUGCAGGGCCCACUCAAGGCCUCCUGUCUGUACGGGCAGCUCCCCAAGUUCCAGGAUGGAGACCUCAUUCUGUACCAGUCCAAUGCCAUCCUGCGACACCUGGGCCGCUCCUUUGGGCUCUACGGCAAAGACCAGCGAGAGGCGGCGCUGGUGGACAUGGUGAAUGACGGUGUGGAGGACCUCCGCAGGCACUGCAGCCGCAUCAUUCAUCGCGGCCACGUGAGCAGGCCGGGCUUGCACUCAGGGCCGGCGCUGGGGGGCCGCCCGGGCCGCCACGGGCAGCGCUCCCUUUCACAGGAGGAGGACAAGGCCCAGUAUGUUCUGGAGCUGCCGGGGCACCUGAAGCCUUUUGAGAGCCUGCUGUCCCAGAACCGAGGGGGCCAGGCUUUCAUCGUGGGCGACCAGAUCUCCUUCGCAGACUACAACCUGCUGGACCUGCUGCUGAGUCACCAGGUCCUGGUCCCCGGCUGCCUGGACUCCUUCCCCCUGCUCUCGGCCUACGUGGCCCGCCUCAGCGCCCGGCCCAAGCUGCAGGCCUUCCUGGCCUCCCCGGAGCACGUGAACCGCCCCGUCUUUGGAAGCCGCAAGAUAUGAACCCGCUUGGCCUCCCCUGGCAGACGGGCUGCCCUUGGGACCAAUAAACACGGAUUUGGAACCAAUCUCCUACCCCUUGAGUAUGACUGGACUUAGUGACCUGUUUCUAAUCACAUGUGUGGAAGAGAUGGUUGCGGGAUGUGCAGGACGAGGUCGUGGAAGGUUCUGUGGCUUGCUCCUGACUCCCGCUCUUGGGUCACCAGACACCCAUCGUGAAGACACUCAAGCAGCCCUGGUGAUAAGGAACUGAGGCUUCGUGCCAAAGCCAGCACUAAAUCACCAUCCAUGUGAGCAAACUGUCUAGAAGGGACUCCUUACCCUGCCUUGCCCGUUUCUUUCCAUGGGAACCACAAUAAAAACUUCUGCCCACAGUUCCCCAUCUUUCUCUGCCUCUUGAUCGUCCCUGGUGCGUCUUCAGGCCGCCAACCCCCAACCCCAGCGUGGCAAUGCCUCGCUCUCCUGGGAUCUGUGAGAAACAAACUCUCUUUUCGAUGGUAGUUGCCUCUUGAUCUGUCGGCCUCAUUAUACCUAAAUAAUCAUAAAACCUAUAUUUAAAACAGAGACCCUGGGCAGCAGCUGCC